UUCCUGUUUGGCUUCAACAUUGUCUUCUGGGGUGUGCUCUCCAACAUCUCAGCGCUGACAGAUCUUGGGGGCUUGGACCCCGUGUGGCUGUUUGUGGUGGUUGGAGGCGUCAUGUCGGUGCUGGGCUUUGCUGGCUGCAUUGGAGCCCUUCGAGAGAACACCUUCCUGCUCAAGUUUUUUUCUGUGUUCCUCGGCCUCAUCUUUUUUCUGGAGCUGGCGACGGGAAUCCUGGCCUUCGUUUUCAAAGACUGGAUUCGCGACCAGCUCAACCUCUUCAUCAACAACAACGUCAAGGCCUACCGGGACGACAUCGACCUCCAGAACCUCAUUGACUUUGCUCAGGAAUACUGGUCUUGCUGUGGAGCCCGAGGGCCCAACGACUGGAACCUCAAUAUCUAUUACAACUGCACUGACUUGAACCCCAGCCGGGAGCGCUGCGGGGUGCCCUUCUCCUGCUGCGUGAGAGACCCUGCAGAGGAUGUUCUCAACACCCAGUGUGGCUAUGACGUCCGACUCAAACUGGAACUGGAGCAGCAGGGCUCUAUCUACACCAAAGGCUGCGUGGGCCAGUUUGAGAAGUGGCUGCAGGACAACCUGAUUGUGGUGGCCGGGGUCUUUGUGGGAAUCGCCCUUCUCCAGAUCUUUGGCAUCUGCUUGGCCCAGAACCUUGUGAGUGACAUCAAGGCAGUGAAGGCCAACUGGUGA